UCACGGGGCGGCGCUGGCUGCGGCGGCCGCUGCCCGGGGGCGGGAUCCUGAUCUAAGCCUCCAGUAAUCCCGCUGAGGCCCGAACCAGAGGCGGGCGGGGACUUCCGCGCCGACGCGGCCGCAAGCGCUGGGACUGCCCUCACUGGCGGUCUCUGGGCUCCGCCCCGACAUCCGGCCCCGGACACGUGGUGGGCGGACGGGGGCGGUCCUGAGCCUGCGACCUCGCAGGCGACCUCGCUGUACCCUAAGUCCAGGCCACAGUCAGGGGCGGGCGCUGGGAGGCGAGCGUGAACUCAGCGACAGGAGAGUGAGCUCACCACGCGCAGCGCCAUGACCAGCAAGGGUCCCGAGGAGGAGCAUCCAUCAGUGACGCUCUUCCGCCAGUACCUGCGCAUCCGCACCGUCCAGCCCAAGCCUGACUAUGGAGCUGCUGUGGCCUUCUUUGAGGAGAGAGCCCGCCAGCUGGGCCUGGGCUGUCAGAAAGUGGAGGUGGCACCUGGCUAUGUGGUGACCGUGUUGACCUGGCCAGGCACCAACCCUGCACUCUCCUCCAUCUUGCUCAACUCCCACACGGAUGUGGUGCCUGUCUUCAAGGAACAUUGGAGUCACGACCCCUUUGAGGCCUUCAAGGAUUCUGAGGGCUACAUCUAUGGCAGGGGUGCCCAAGACAUGAAGUGCGUCAGCAUCCAGUACCUGGAGGCUGUGAGGAGGCUGAAGGUGGAGGGCCACCGGUUCCCCAGAACCAUCCACAUGACCUUUGUGCCUGAUGAGGAGGUUGGGGGUCACCAAGGCAUGGAGCUGUUCGUGCAGCGGCCUGAGUUCCACGCCCUGAGGGCAGGAUUUGCCCUGGAUGAGGGCAUAGCCAACCCCACUGAUGCCUUCACUGUCUUUUAUAGUGAGCGGAGUCCCUGGUGGGUGCGGGUCACCAGCACUGGGAGGCCAGGCCAUGGCUCGUUCUUCAUCGAGGACACAGCAGCAGAGAAGCUGCACAAGGUUGUGAGCUCCAUCCUGGCAUUCCGGGAGAAGGAAUGGCAGAGGCUGCAGUCAAACCCCCACCUGAAAGAGGGGGCUGUGACGUCCGUGAACCUGACUAAGCUAGAGGGUGGCGUGGCCUAUAACGUGGUACCUGCCACCAUGAGCGCCAGCUUUGACUUCCGUGUGGCACCGGAUGUGGACUUCAAGGCUUUUGAGGAGCAGCUGCAGAGCUGGUGCCAGGCAGCUGGCGAGGGGGUCACCUUAGAGUUUGCUCAGGUAUGGACUUGGGACAUGUGAUGGGAGAGUGUGGGAGCUGGGGGAGACCCAAGUGUGCAACAGUGGAGUGUGUGCUUGGUGUGUCUGCAUAUGUCUGGGCAUUUCUUUAUCUGUGAUAGACACAUUUUAUUCCAACAAGCAUUAGUUUGUAGAUGCUACUGUGGGUGCUGGGGAAUGCUGUGGGGAAUAAAAUUAGGCACAGUUCACGCCCCUGUAUGGUGAAACAGGGAAAUAUAAAUCAAACAUUU